UUGAGAUAUGUCCUCGACUCCAUUGAGGAAUUCUCGACCGGGCUUGCUGAUGUAAUCUGUGUCAACAGCUUGUUCACAGCAGCAGUGGUUAGGAAGACGUUUAAAUCUCUUCAUAACCGUGAAUUGUCAGUGCUCUAUCCCACACUCAACACAAACUCCUUUGAUGAUGCGGGCCACUGUGAUAUACCGGAGCUUCCCUCAAAAGCCAAGCACAUUUUCCUCUCGCUCAAUCGAUUUGAAGUUAAGAAAAAUGUAAAACUCGCUAUCGAAGCAUUUGCUGCUCUUCGGCUGAUGCUUUCCGAAGAUGAAUUCUCUUCUUGCCAUCUCAUCGUGGCCGGUGGAUACGAUCGACUGAACUUUGAAAAUAUCACUCACUUCGAAGAACUCGUCAAAUGUGCUUCUGAUAUGGCGGAUGAAGAAAAAGCAUCGCUGUUGCGCUGCAGUCGUGCGGUUCUGUACACUCCUCACAAUGAACACUUCGGAAUAGUUCCCGUCGAGGCUAUGUAUGUUGGAACGCCGGUGAUUGCUGUGAACUCAGGAGGGCCGACGGAAUCUAUUGUUCAUGGAGAGACAGGAUUUCUAGCAGACCAGACACCACAGGCCUUCGCGCAAUACAUGUUUACGCUUAUACGUGAUGAAGAUUUGAGGGAAAAAAUGACCGAAAUGUUAUUUGAGUUUUUAUUGUUUUGCCCUCCUCUUUACUGGUAUGGUCUAUGGUGA